AUGAGCACGACCAUAUGUUCUUGCAAGCCUGGUUAUCAAGGCAGUCCAUAUUUGAGCUGUGAGGACAUCGACGAGUGCCGGAAUUUGUCAUUGAACAAGUGCCAAAACGGGACUACGUGUGUCAACACAGUCGGUUCAUUCUUAUGUCAAGUUCAGGGUGAUGGCAAAGGGGCCAAGACGAAAACAGUAAUCAUCGGUAUCAGCUGCGGCUUAGGUGGGUUAGUUUUGCUAGGUGGGGCGUUGGUGUUUUCCAAAGUCGCGAGGAAGAGAAUCGAAGCCAACCGUAGGAAGAAGUUCUUCAAGCGAAAUGGUGGAUUCUUGCUGACGUCUUCUACUAAUAACACCACCGAGAAUAUCAGAUUCUUCAACUCCAAACAAUUGGCAUUGGCCACUGACCGCUACAACGAGAAUCGCAUACUGGGACGUGGCGGGCAAGGCACUGUCUACAAAGGAAUGCUACCCGAUGGAAGAAUCGUCGCAGUGAAAAAAUCCGAGAAGAUGGAUGAAUCGGAGGUUGGAGCAUUCGUGAAUGAGGUCGUGAUACUGUCCCAGCUCAAUCAUAGGAAUGUGGUGAAGUUGCUAGGGUGUUGUCUGGAGACCGAGGUUCCUCUUCUUGUCUAUGAGUUUAUUCCAAACGGUACGCUCUUCCAACACAUCCACGAUCUAGGCAACGAGUUCCCUUUGUCAUGGAAGAUUCGUCUCAGAAUCGCAACAGAAGUAGCAGCUGCUCUUGCUUACCUGCAUUACUCUGCAUCGGUUCCUAUCUAUCACCGAGACAUCAAGUCGACCAACAUACUCCUAGACGAGAAGUAUCACGCCAAAGUGUCGGAUUUUGGGACGUCGAGGUCGUUCAACGUGGAUCAAACUCACGUGACCACGCGAGUGAUGGGGACUUUCGGGUACAUGGAUCCCGAGUACUUCCAGUCGAAUCAGUUCACAGAAAAGAGCGACGUGUACAGCUUUGGCGUGGUUGUGGUGGAGCUUCUGACGGGCGAGAAAGCGGUCACUGCAGCGGCUAAGGAGGAAGGAGGGAGGAGUCUGGUCGCGCAGUUCUUGCACUCGAUGCAAGACGAUAAAUUGUUCGACAUUCUUGAUCCGGAUGUGGUGAGAGAGGGUGGGGUGGAAGAUGUUGUGGUGGUGGCAAGGCUUGCUCGGAGAUGUCUGAGUUUGGAUGGAAAGCAAAGGCCGACAAUGAAGGAAGUGGCGAUGGAGUUGGAAGCCGUCCAAAUGGGGAAACUAGCCUCGAAUCUGCAAACAUGUAGUGAAGAAGAAACAGAGCCUGCAGUUUAUGAUUCUCUGUAUAUCUCAGACACCACCGGUUUUAGCACAACUGCAAAUUCAUCGGAGUUUCCUUUUCUGUCUAGGAGUUCAUGAACUGAAGUGUUUCUGUUUGUAACAAUUAAGAUAAGGAGGCAAUGAAGUCAACUUAGUUUGUAAGACGUUUCUUCUCCAAGGACUAGGAUAGCAAGGAGGUUCCUCUUAAUUGGUCAGCCAUGAAAAAUCCUCUUUCGACAUACAUGCAUUCAGUCAUUCACAAAACAAAAAUCGAAAAGAUAGCAACUGCAUCAGAUCACAAGUCACUAGUAUAAACACACCUCAUAUUCGUGUGGCAUGUUUCCAUAGUAAUAAGCAUUCCAUUCAAUUUCUUCAACA